GCUUUCACAUCGCAGUAUUCUUACGGUCAGCUUCAGUUAGAAAGACUCUGUAGACACAAGCAGUUUUCUGAAGCUGAUAAAGGAUUACUUACUAAACAUCUUCGGAUAUAUUAUUUGAACGAGCUGAAUUUAAUUUGGAUUUUGCAUAAUUUUGAAAACUUCAGGAGGAUUUAUUCAAAAUGCGUCUGAUCCAAAACAUGUCAACCAUCGCUGAGUUUGCGACCCCAGAAUGUCCGUCCAACCGGACUAUCAAAAUAGCGGUGAUCGGGGGCGGCGGAGUUGGCAAAACCGCUCUGGUAGUAAGAUUCCUGACAAGGCGCUUCAUCGGUGACUACGAAAGAAACGCAGGAAACCUUUAUUCAAGAGAGGUCCAAGUAGACGGAGGAGAACAAGUUGCCAUCCAAGUCCAAGACACUCCGGGUGUUGACGUUACCGGUAAUGGCCUCAGCCUACCUGAUCAUGUGACCUGCUCCAUCCAAUGGGCUGACGCUGUGGUGCUGGUCUACUCUGUGACUGACCGUUGUAGCUUUGAUCUGAUUGGCCAAUUGCACCAGCUGGUUGCCCGGGCAGGUGGGGCCAACUUGCCACCGGUCAUCCUGCUGGCCAAUAAGGCCGACCUGCUCCACAUGAGGCAGGUGGACUCCCAACAGGGCCCUGUACUUGCGGCGGCUCUGGGCUGCUCCUUCUACGAGGUGUCAGCCAGCGAGGACUACAGCCAGGUGCAUGGGGCCUUCCACAGGCUCUGUUGCCACAUGGCCAAGCAGCAGCCCGCAGCCUCCCCCUCCGGCGGCGUGGCUGAGAAGAAGGGCCGCUCGCCCCUCAUCCCCAGGCCCAAGUCCCCUAACAUGCAGGACCUGAAGAGGCGCUUCAAGCAAGCCCUGUCGGCUAAAGUCAGGACCGUCACGUCCGUGUGAGGUGGACUCCGUUUGUCUUGCACGAAGUGGGCCAGUGAGGUUCACGAAAAAUAAUUGAUGAGAAGUGGGCAGAGGAUUCCUGCUUGUUUGGGGGGGACUCUGGCUCCUGUACGGCUACAGCUGCCUGGCCUGUUUGAGCAGCAGAGACAAUCGGUGGCUGUACUUGAACUGCGGCCACUGUCUGGGCAGAGUGGUUAAUGACCUGCGGGGUAAGCCGGUCUGUCAGUGACUCUUCUGUCAGACUUCACAGUCUGCAGAUCUUAAAGCAGCUGAGGUGUUUUGUCAGCCGACUGAAAGGGGUGGGCGGGGCAUGGAGUGUCCUUGAGAUGAAGUCCAGACCCUCUUCAUCAAUAACACAGAUCUUCUCCUGUGAACAGAAGACUUGAAGGACACUGCAGAGUAUUUUCAUCUGGUGCCAACUGGUACAGUUAAAUGUUUGCGCUGCUACUGCAUGGCACAACCCGGGGGUGGUUGCGGGCCUCGUCAGACAAGCACUUGACAGAACGUUGUGUUCUUACCGUUACGUCUCUUGUCUUAUCUCCAGUGCAUUCCCUGUAUGACUGCCAGGAAACACCUGGCACAUGGUAAUGAACUAAGGCGGGAUCGCUGGGGCAUCGGGGAGUGGACACUGGGUGGGGUCUAGUGGGUAUUUGAUUUGUGAUGCACUUUAAGAAAGCCAAAUGGCUUAUAUUUAUUUGAAAAUAAAAACAUUGAAUUCA